UGUGUGGAGGCAGGCUGACAGCUGAACGGGUCGUAAAGGUUCAGCAACGCAGUCUGAAACAUUAACAACAAUCAUAACAAACUCACGUUUUUAGAGAAAAAGGGUCCGACGCAUUCCUCCGCGAGACUCGUCUCUUGUACCGACCGGACGCGUUUAAGUUUAUCAGAGGACGGUAAUCGGUAACCUUGCGGAUAUUUUUUGUUCUUUUUUUUUUUUUUUUUUUUUUUUUUUUUUUUCUCAACCAAGAGAGAAAAAAAGAUCCGUGUCCGGAUGUGCCAGCAGUGUUUGGUGUGUCCUCGCAUGGCGUAGACAAACCUUUUUCUAAAGCAGGGUAUUCUUCAUGUUUGCAGGGUCGCAGGAGGCCCUCGGGUCGACGCUUUGUCCCGCUAACAUUAACCAUAAAUGUCCCAUCAAUUUGAGUGGAAAAUGAUCAACGGAGUGAUUGUGCAAUAGAGAGGUAUAGAGGCGUCGUUAACACAUCCUGACUCCCUCAGUGUCUGUGGCUGUGGAGAGAGAGAGAGAGAGAGAGAGAGAGUCACCGGGAUUACGUUGUGUGUCUUUUUUUUUGUUGCUCCCUGAACAACCACGUUUGUUUGAGCUCUCAGAGAGGAGACGACGAGAGGAACUAUUUGGCUCCUUUGGCUCCCGUGUGACUCCGCGUGAACACCUCCGAGGCUCGGGUACACCUUCACGAUGUCGGGCAGCACCCCAGCGGACAUGAUAAACCUGCGGCUUAUUUUAGUCAGCGGGAAGACGAAAGAAUUCCUCUUCUCUCCCAACGACUCGGCGGCCGACAUCGCCAAACACGUCUAUGACAACUGGCCGAUGGACUGGGAGGAAGAGCAGGUCAGCAGUCCUAACAUCCUGAGGCUGAUCUACCAGGGCCGGUUUCUACACGGCAACGUAACACUAGGAGCGCUCAAACUGCCCUUGGGGAAGACCACAGUGAUGCAUUUAGUUGCCAGAGAGACUUUGCCUGAGCCAAAUUCCCAAGGUCAGAGGAAUAGAGAGAAGACCGGGGAGAGUAACUGCUGUGUCAUUCUGUGAAUACACACCACCGCCGCCGGCCCCUCCAUCCUUCUCAUCCGUUCUCACCCUCAACAUCCUGGACUAAUGAGUUUGUCCCCUGUCCUGGAGCUUGUCCACAAUGCGGAUAUCCAUACAGACACACACACACACACACGCACACGCACACGCACACACACACACACACACACACACACACACACACACACUUCUCUUCUUUUGUUUCCCCCCCUCUCACACACACAUAUAGAGAGACAGCAGGCUCAGGCUGAUUCAGGACACAGAGGUGGGAGCAAAAAAAAAAGAUUAACGUUAGAGUUGAUCACUUUGUUGUUCUUUUUUUUGUCAAAACUUAAAAUCAGUGGAAGGAACUGGAUUUGCAUAUAGGUUUAUUUUCUUCUUCUUUCUUCCUCAAUACACACCUUUUUAAGCCUUUUGCCACACACAGACACACACACACACACACACACACACAUACAUGCAAUACACAUAAACAACGUGUCUAACCAUCCUCAGCCGGUCUGUUGAAAGCUCCUCAUUCUAGCUGGUUGUCAUAGUAAUGCAGUGCCCAAGUUUGUGUGUGUGGCCUUGUUUUCUCAUACAGACCGCUGAGAAUUUUAACCACUAACAACUCGCCAACACACAAACAAACACACACACCCCCCUAGACACACACACACACACGCACACACACCCUCUAUGACAUCCUGUCUCCAGGAUCUCCAACCAUAUGUGCUUGUGUGAUCUCCCCCGGUGCAGCAGACGAAGCUCAGACGUGCCUGAUCAGAGAACUCAAACCAGGACACACAUACACACAUAUAUAAAGACACCUGUGUCCUUUUUACUGCCCUCCUCUGCAUGUGCCCUUAAAGGUCACAGGAGAGAAAUUAUUCCUUUUUCUUUUUGAAGAGACCGAACACGUCCUGGGUCUUUUAGUCGUCAUAUUCUUAGCCAAACAAAGCCUAUCAAACAAACAAAUAGACAAACAACCAAUGUUGGUGGUCUUGUUUUGGUUAUUUGUUUGUCCUCGACAUUUGUGACUGUGUUUUGACAGUCCAUGCAUAUUACUGACAGACCAGUGUUGUGAUUAAUAAAACGUCAUGUCAGUUUUCUUCCCUCCUUGAUGCACCAUCCCUCUCUUUCUAUCUCUCUCUAUCUCUCUCUCUCUCUCUCUCUCGAGGAAAGGCUCAUUGUGCUCCUUUUUUUUAAACAGUGUUGUGAAGGAUCUCUGAAAAAUUGUUGUCCGAGCAGAGAAUUAAUUCAGAAGGAAAAUGUUCCUUAUUUGUCUUAAUUCGCUUCUGACUCUCUCCUUAAUUCUCUCUCUCUGCAUUAAUAAGUCCAUUUUGCACAACCAAAGCAUGUGCUCCUUCAUCAGAUUAAUACAAAUGUAUAAAAAGUUUUAUUGUUUUAUUUUAUAUUUUUCCAAUGGAAGUAAUGUUCCAAACUAUGGUAACGUGUAGAGUAUAUUUAAUAUGAAUCUUAUAUAGAAUCUCAACAAUCUUGUUGAUAUACAGUAUAUUGGUGUUUAGUCUAUGAUUGUGUGUACGGUUAGCUUCUAGCCAGUUCACAGUCACUCGCUGACAAUGUCUUGUGCUUAACAGCAGCAAAACCUCCCUAAUCAUCAACAGACUGUAUUUUUAUUUUCUUUCUUCUGUGCUUUUAUUAUUAUUUUUUCAUUUGUUUAUAAUUUAAUGUAAUCAUUUUUUUUUUCUUUGGGGUUUUUUUUUUUGCUUUAAAGAAUCGCUUUGUAACAGCACUAGGUCUUAAAAAAAAAAUAUUGUUUAUAUUGAUCAGGGUUCAAAUCUGUACAGAGAUAAACGUUUUCGAAACCAAUUGUAAAUAGCACUAAUGCUCCCUCUCCCCCCUCCAAUCUCCAAAAUGGAAUACAUCUGUAAACUAAAUAAAGGUUAUUCAAGUGCA